UGGAGGCCGCAGGUGUGCUUUGUGUUGUGUUUGCUCUUAACCGUGUGUGUCAGUCAGGAGGACACGAUAGGAGACCUGAAGAAGCUGAUCUCAGCGCAGACCGGCACACGGUGGGACAAGAUCGUGCUGAAGAAAUGGUACACCAUAUUCAAGGACCACGUGUCACUAGGAGACUAUGAAAUCCAUGACGGCAUGAACCUGGAGCUCUAUUACCAGUAGAAACACACACACACACACACACACACACACACACACACACACAGAGUUUGUGGAGCAACUUGCUUUCAUCAUGUCUCGAGGCAUCAGAAUAUGUGUUCAGUUGAAUUAUUUUGAUAUUGUUUGGAAAUAAAACUCAUAUUUAUGUACA